ACGUAUCGAUAUGUCUUUACAAUUGGAUAUAUCUAGUCUGAUGUCAAGAAUAAGUUUUAUUGAAGAUAAAGAUACAGACUUUAACAUGACUUUGCAAAUUGCUCCUAAAAACAAUAUACAUGAGACAUUAACGUACCAUCAAAAAUUUGCUGAUUUUGUGUAUAAUGUUGGUUAUAACUAUCAAUACGGCAUUGGGGUUGAAAAAAAUGAUUAUAAGGCGUUCAUUUAUUAUAAGAAAUCUGCUGAGAUAGGGCAUGUAGAUGGUGCAUUUAAUAUUGGUU